AUGCAUCUUCGAAGUAUUUUGGCGAUUUUAUUGAGCGCUUUCGAUUUUGAAUAUCAAGAAGAUGAACAAUUCGAGAUUUAUGGGAAGUUGACUUGUGAUGGAUAUCCAGCGGGAGAUGUGCAGAUUUUGAUGGUUCAGGAUACUUGUAAGCGUUUUGUAAACUGAAUUGCUAUGCAACUGAGUAAAAUUUACAGUUUCCUGGUUUGAUCGAAUUUUGAAUUUCCGAAAAACGAAUAAAAAUGGACAUUUUCGUAUGAUUGGUCAAGCUAAUCAACCCGAUAUUGAUAUUAUGUUAAUAAUUGAGCAUAGCUGUCAUGAAAAUCUUAAACUUUUUUCAAACGAGAAAGCCAAAUCUUACACGGAACUUCACAUCGAUUUCUCGAAAAUCCGGAAAAACGACGAUGUUUUUGAGAUGAAUAUCGAGCUUCGCGAGCACUCGGUGAAAAAUAGCAUUCCAUUUUUGUAUAUUUGGCGAGUGUUGGCCGAUUUUCGAACAGUUCUUCUCGGCGGUAAACGAAAAUGA